UUCCUAAGUAAUUUUAGCGAAACAAAUGAAUCAUUCCAAGCAUGUAGAAAUGAUCAGUCAUUAUAGCCAGGGUCAGUAGAUCUGUGCCGAUCGUCGUACGUAUCGUAUCUUAUAAAGUGUUUUAUUACUGUACAUUUUUUGGAAUUUCAAACUUCGUGUUUUAAAUUUGGAAGGCCCUAUAAAAGCAACGAAAUGACACAUAGAUGUAAUGAAAACGAAACUCAAAGAGAAUUGGUAUAUGAUGAUUUAUCUGAUGGACCAAACAACGCAUGCGACGAAAAUGAAUUCAGUGAUAGCAGCGAUAUUCUUGAAUUAAGUGAUGUGAUUAGACAUAGAAAAAAUCUGAGUAGAAAGUAUAAUAUUUCAAGCGAAAGUGAAGAUUCGGAUGUGGAGACUGAUGAGCCUAUAAUUGAAGAAUGGACAAAUGAGGAUACUUUUCCAAAUCUGGAACCUUUUGAAAUAAUUUGUGGUACAACAUCAUUACAAAGAAAUUGCAGCGUGAAAGAAGCUGUUGAUUGUAUAUUUGGCAACGAAUUUUUCCAAAUUAUUUCUGAAGAAACAAAUCGCUAUUACUUACAAAAUGUACAUAAAUAUAAGGCUAUUCAUAAACAAGGAAAAUGGAGAAAUGUCUCAUGUUCCGAAAUAAAAACUUUGUUCGGAAUAUUUAUUUUGAUGGGACAAAUACGAAAGGAUAACAUAAAAGAAUACUGGUCCGUGGAUCCAUAUUUGGCAACACCUAUUUUUUCAAAAUUAAUAAGUAGGAACAGAUUUGAUCAGGUUACGAGGUAUUUACAUUUUAACGAUAACACGAAAAUGAAUGAAAAUAGUGAUAGCCUCUACAAAAUACAACCUGUUUACAAUUAUCUACUAGAAAAAUUUAAAACUGUUUAUACUCCUCAUCAGAACCUAUCGCUAGAUGAAGCCAUGAUCCCUUGGCGUGGAAAAUUAAAAUUUAAAACGUACAAUCCACGUAAACUUACUAAAUAUGAAAUACUUGUACGAGUAUUAUCGGAGAGUCAGACGGGAUAUAUAUGUAAUAUAGAAAUUUAUUGUGGACAAGGCAAAAAACUGCAAGACACGGUAACAACGAUUCUUACACCGUAUUUCGGAUAUUGGCACCAUCUUUAUAUGGAUAAUUAUUAUAAUACUUUGAACAUUGCCGAAUUUUUAUUACAAAAUAAAAUCCGAAUAUGUGGCACAAUACGCGCCAAUAGAUUGCCAAAAUGUUUGAAAACAAAAUCGUUAAAACUACAAAAAGGGGAGAGUAUUUUCAAACGGAAAGGUGAUAUUUUGUUGCAAAUUUGGAAAGAUAAGAGAGAGGUUCGAAUGAUUUCGACAAUUCAUAAAUUUGAAACGGUUGAAUGCACUGGAAAAUAUAAAACUAUACAAAAACCGAAAUGCAUUGCAGAUUAUAAUUUAAACAUGAACGGUGUCGAUCUUGCAGAUCAAUAUCUAUCAUAUUACUCAAUAUUGAGAAAAACAAUUAAGUGGCCUAAAAAGAUAGUAUUAUAUCUCGUCAACUGCGGCCUGUUCAAUGCAUUCAAGAUUUAUAAUUCGUGUAAUAAUGAAAAAAUGAAAUAUAAAGAUUUUCUACUUGCUGUGAUGAAAUUGUGGACGACGGAAGAAAAAUCAACGGAUACAUUUAUGGAUGUAGGACAAAGUGUUUCAAAUACAACAAAUCACCUACGUGUCGACCCGCCAUGUAGACUCUCUGGUAAUAUGAAACAGCAUAUACUGGUACCAAUACGGAGUAAAGGCAAGAAGAAGUUCCCAACCAAACAAUGUAAAGUUUGUUCGUGCAAUGGAAAAAGGAGCGAAACAAGAUACUGUUGCCAAUUGUGCCAAACAGCAUUGCACAAAGGAGUAUGCUUUACCAAAUAUCACACUCUAAAUCAAUAUUCAAAUUUGUAUAAUAAAUAAUAGUUAAAAUGUAAAAAAUCUUAUAUA